AUGGCCAAGGAGAUCAGUCCUAGUGUGAGGUGCAUCAAACCGCUGCAGUACACCGCUCUGGCCGUUCGAGCAAAGCAGAUCACCCAAGAGCUCGCCCAGGGAGUGCAAAAGCCUUACAGUGAGUUGAUCCAAUUGAUAUGGGGGGACCCUCAAAAUGCUGGCAUUCAGCCUCUUACAUUUGUCCGACAGGUGCUGGCUGCUUGUCUGUACCCUCAGCUCUUGAACAACGACGGUCUCCCUGCUGAUGUGAGACAAAGAGCUCAAGGACUGCUGGAGGAGUGUAAAGGAGGCAGUCUGGGGUCAUACACAGACUUGCCUGGAAUCCCACAAGUGGCUCGGCAGAUUUCAGAGUUCAUUACCAGACGAGACGAAGGCGUUCCCUCUGACCCUAGAAACAUCCUCAUCUCUCCAGGCUCUCAGUGGGCCCUGCAGAACAUUCUGAGCCUGCUGGUGCAUGGGGGUGAGAGGGCGGGCCGCUCAGGGGUCCUGACCCCAGUGCCGGGCCACUGCACGUCCAUCAUGUCUCUGGUGAGCGUGGGCGGCGUGUCGGUGCCGUACCAGCUGAGUGAGGAGCAGGGCUGGCAGCUGCGGCUGGAGGAGCUCAAUCGCGCCCUGGACGCAGCAAAACAAGUGUGUCGUCCUGUGGCUCUGUACAUCAUCAACCCUGGAAAUCCAUCCGGUCACGUUCAAAGUCGAGAAUCUAUCCAAGACGUGAUUCGGUUUGCGUCGGAGAACCGGCUCUUCCUAUUGGCCGAUGAGGUUUAUCAGGACACCAUCUACACCGAGAGUAAAAGAUUUCUGUCGUAUAAGAGGGUUCUGGCCGAGAUGGGACCUCCUUUCUCUGACACCGUGGAGCUUGCGUCGUUUCACUCGGCGUCCAAAGGCCUCUUGGGAGAGUGUGGUUUUCGUGCGGGUUAUGUGGAGCUGGUGAACAUUGACCCAGCAGUUAAGAAACACAUAUACACCAUUUUCUCCAAAGACAAUGCUCCCACUCCAGGUCAGAUCGCUCUGAGCGUCAUGGCCAGUCCUCCUGUCACAGGAGAGGCCUCUUACGACUUCUACAGAGAGGAGACUCAGCAACUGCAUUCUUUAAUCAAAGAGAACGUCAGAAGAGUGCAUGAGGUGUUGAACAGUCUGCCUGGUGUCUGCAGUCAGCCAGUAGAAGGAGGAGCUUUUGCAUUUCCCAGACUAUACCUCCCGCCCAAAGCCAUUGACAAAGCAAAGGAGCUGGGAUUGGAGCCGGAUACGUUCUACUGCCUCAGGCUUCUGGAAACCGCUGGAGUGUUUGUUUCUCCUGGGUGUGAAUACGAACAGAAGGAUGGAACUUACCACAUACGAUUCUGCAUCAUGGCCAAAAGGGACACAGUAGAAGACCUUCUCACGCGCUUGGCCACCUUCCAGACGCAAUUUAUGAACAAGUUUUCUUGA